GACAUGGCGUCGUUAUGUCAAGUCAAUAAUAAAUAUAUAGUUUUGUAUUGUAUUUUCUGGAUUAUCGUAAUGUUGUCAUAAAGUUUAUCAAUAUCCAAUGACUUAAAAAUAUAAAUAAAUAGAAGAAUUACCUAAUUUCGUACAGAGGCAUUAUAGAUAAGGUGACAUAAAAAUGACGACACACGAAGUACCAGUUAUACACCACCAACAAAUGCAUCAUGAAAUAGAAGUUCCAGUUUUAAAUUUGUUAGUUCCAAUGCAUCAUCAGCCGCCGCAGCAGGUGAUACACGAGUCUCAGAUAAUACAGCAACAGCAGCACAUCCCUGAACCGCCUGAACAACAACACAUCCCCGAGUCCCAGUCACAGCCCCCACCUCAACCCCAACAGCAAACUCACGAAGAGAGAAAGCCUAAAUUGGACAAAAAAAAGAAAGAGGCCAUAGACGGACAAGCGCGGGAAAUCAUAUUUAAGGUCAUAAAAUUUUUCGAAAGUGAAAAACAAAAUAGGGGAUAUGCAUUUCCUGUUGAAAAUGUUGUUAAAAGAGCUUGCGCCGCUACUGGGCUGUCGGAGAGUACGAUCAAAAGGAUCAAGAGAGACGGUUUGCGCGCCGAAGCGACACAUACAAAAAUGACAGGUCCGAAGAAGAAAAGAAUUAGAAAAACUAAAGUGCAGCUUGAUUAUUUCCAGUUAUGUGCAUUAAGAGGUAUUGUAAAUGGUUAUUCUAAUAGGAAAGAGGUGCCAACAUUAGGGAAAAUAUUAGCCGCUGCUAAACAUGAACUGAAUUACAGAGGGGGGAAAGAAUCCCUUAGGCUUAUACUGUUGAAUAAGCUUGGUAUUAAGUUUAAAAAAUGCGAGAAAAAGAAUAAAAAGCCAGUAGAGCCGGCUCCUCAGCAAAUGCCUAUGCCAAAUACAAUGCAGCAUCCACCAAUGCAGCAAAUGAAACCUAUGGAAAAUCAUUGUGUUUACACGAACCUUAUGCCACAAGUACCGCCUGUAUCAUAUUAGUAUAUAGCUGUUUUCAUAUUUAUAAGAUUUAUAGAAAGAUGACAGAUGUAAAAGAUAUGUUAAGUUGGACAUUGUAGAUGUGGGUUAAAGAUUCAAUUUGAACUUGAAGGUUUAACAUUCAAAUUUAGAUGUAGGCUACAGCAUUUAGUUCUCAUCCACAUCUAAUACAUGAAUGUAAUGUCCACAUUAACAGGCCUUAUUUCCUUAGAGACAUACGCCUGCGAAACUUGCGUCACUAACAUCAAAACUGGCACACCAACUAAAUGUUACUCAACAAGCCAUUAAAUGAGUUACGCUCGAAAAUCUGUUCGUCCACCGUUUAUUGGAGUGCACCAGAGUAGAGUAUGUAGGUCACCACUUUGCUAAACUCAAGUGGCCGUGGGCUAGCGUACUGAGUGGAGAUGCUUGACGGAGCAAAUCCGUCCUGGAAUGGCAACCAAGAGCUGGAAAGAGGAAUACUGGAAGAACAAUAACCAGCUGGUCUGACAACAUAAAAAAUCAUGCUGCGAUAACCAUAUAAUCUGGGCCAGAAAAGCCUUUGAUAGAGCUAGGUGGAAAGAUAAAGGAGAGGAAUAUACCCAGGAGUGGGCGAAUUUAUGCUGAAGAAGAAGAUUUCAAUUCACACAAUUAUUAGUUUACAUGCAUUUGAAGUUAAAGCAAACUAAAGAAUUAGUGUUUGCUAUUUUAAACUUUUGUAAAAAAAGAACUGCCUCCAAUCGAUAACCUACUUUUUUGAAGUCAGUUAAAUCUCUAAAACCUAAGUGUUACACACUUUCCUGAAAACCGCAUCGAAAUCGGUUCAGCUAAACGUGAGAUAAUCGCGGACAAGCAUACAUACAGGUCAAACUGACAACCACCUUUUUUUUGUUUUUUUUUAAAAACUAAACCAAGGUGCCUGAGUAGAAUCAGGAUAGUUGCAAACAAAAUACAAGAAAUCUCAUUGAUUAAUAGAAAUGCUAGUAUUUUAUCAGGAAAUAUUGUUGUUGUAACUAUACAUUACUGUAUGAAACAUGUUAUUGGCAUGAGCCCAGACAUUUUAUAUGAAUUUUAUUAUAUAAUGUAUUCAUAAGAGAUAAUGCAGCCAUAAUUUUUCACUCGAAUCAAGGUUUUUUAAGAAUAAAGUUAACAGUCAAUUUUUAAAAAUUAUUCAACUUUGUAUUAUUAAUACCAAGUUGAAUAAUUUAAAAACAAAUAGCUUUAAAUUUUAUCACUGAAACAUAAAAUACAAUUUUGUAUGGUAAUACCAACUCUUGCAUUGAAUUGUUUUAUUAUUAUAUUUAAAAGCCUGCUGUAGGCAUAGCCAUUUCCCUUUUAUUAACUGUCAAAUCCAAAUUUUGAUAUCAACUCAAAAACUUCAAUUCCAAAGACGUGAUUAUAUGUAUUGGUACUCAAAAAGCUAUUCAUAUUGGCCUGCUAUAAAAAAAUACAUCAUAAAAAAUUUCUCUUUCCCGGAGGAGAAGGCACGGACAAAAAAUAGUUACUAGUUGCAACAUAGUCAGUUUCAGGUACUCUUGAACUGAUAUUCUGCCAAAAUGUCUAUGUUCAAGGCUUUCCCACUCCACCAAUCUGAUUCACACUCCCAUUGUAUAUUUGCUUAGAUUUACCAAUAGUUCGACUAAAUAAGUCAUCACAUCCAGUUGGAACUAUAUUUCAUACCAUCUUAUAUACCCACUUCGAAAGUUUGAUAAUUUUCGUACAUUAAUAAAAGAUAAUGUUCUGGCAUGAAUAUGAUCCACAGUAUAUAUUUUUGUUCAUUAUAUUAAUGAUAAAUAAGACGUAAGGCUGAACAUAAUUAUGUAUUAUACUAAUUUU